ACACACACAGCACUGAUGGACACACACGGAUGGUGAAAGGAGACGACUCGUCCCCCGAAGGAGGAGGAGGAGGAGGAAGGAGGUGAAAGAAUAAAGACCCGAUCCAACCUGAAAACCAUUCCAACUGGAUUUCUGUGGAGAGACUGAACUACUCCGAGAGCUGAGACAGAGACACACACACACACACUCACUCUCUCAGACACACACACACACACACACACACGCACGAACACACACUCUCUCUCUCUCUCUCUCUCUCUCUCUAUGCAUGGACUAUCGUAGCCCGCAUUCAGAUUUCACCUGGUAGUGAACUGCGACUCCACAGAUAACGAAAUGCCGCGGAGGAAGCAGGAGGCGCCCAAGCGGGCUGCGGUGUACAUGCCUGAUGAAGACGCAGCUCUCCAAGAUGCCACCGCUGAGGAAGACGGAGAGAACGACACUCAAACCGAGGAGGAGUGCUCGGAGAAGACCAGCCCCAAAGUGUCUGAGGACCGAGAGCUCGACAACAAGAGCACGAACACGUACAGCAACCAGAACUCUCCCAUUAGUGUCCUUUCCAAUCAGGAGGCAGAGCUGGAGUCGCGCCUCAGCGACACCAGCGACAGACUCUCAGACUUCAAAACCUCCUCGCCACCGGAGAGCCAGAGGGAGGUCGAGAGCCGCGGCUCCAAACACAAGGAGGAGAAUGGCAGCAGCUUGGAGAAAAUGAGGGCGGCCUAUGCAAACUUUCUGUCCGACUCCUACUGGACGGGGAUCGGGAUGGACUUGAAAACGCCCCAAAACACCAGCAAAGCCAACUGCGACAGCACCAACGGCAGCACCAAGAGCGAGUUCGACUGGCACCAGGACGCGCUCUCCAAGACCCUGCAGCACACGCUCACGCCAAAGCCCGUGUCAAAACCCAACCUCUUCAGCUCCGUCCACCUGUACAGGCAAACCACCAAACCCUGUGGCUCGGUGUUCACGGGCGCCAGCCGGUUCCGCUGUAAGGAUUGUAGCGCGGCCUACGACACGGUGGUGGAGCUGACGGUCCACAUGAAUAAGAGCGGACACUACCAGGACAACAACCACGGCAAACAGAGCAACUCUUCUGCCUCGUCUUCGAAAUCGAGGAAACGAAAUCUGCACGAUAUGGAAGGGAAGGAGGACGCACAGAAGGUUCUGAAGUGCAUGUUCUGUGGCCACUCGUUUGACUCACUCCAGGACUUGAGCGUCCACAUGAUUAAAACUAAACAUUAUCAAAAAGUGCCUUUGAAAGAGCCGAUCCCAGUAAUACAUAAAUUGUUGCCACCAGCAAAGAAAAGGGCCUUCGACUCAGUGAGACCUUGCUCCCCUGACUCCACCACUGGUUUGUCCGGAUACACCGAGGCACAGCGGGCCGCCACCAUCGCCAACGCCCACAACAACCGCUACGGCUAUCAGAACGGAGCGAGUUACACAUGGCAGUUUGAAACGUGCAAGUCUCAGAUUCUCAAGUGCAUGGAGUGCGGCAGCUCCCACGACACCCUCCAGCAGCUCACCACGCACAUGAUGGUCACCGGACACUUCAUCAAAGUCACAAAUUCAGCCUCUAAAAAGGGCAAACAGUUAGCACUCGACCCCCUGGCCAUAGAGAAGAUCCAGGGCCUAGCCGAGCCGGCUGCCUGUGACAACGAGGGAGAGAAGGUGUCCCCGAAAACCGCCUCCCCCGGGGGGAGCGAGAGGGAUAGCCAGGGGGAAGGAACAUCAGACAAAAUGGAGGACACCGAAGCUAAAGAUGACAAGCAAGAGGGUGAGGAUCAAAAGGCGAACAACGGAGAUUUUAAGUACCCUUAUCUCCGUGAGGAAGAUCUCGAACAGGAGUCGAGCGGUGGAGGGGGGGACAUUCUUAAAUCUUUAGCCAACACCGUGGCCUCUGCCAUUAAUAAGGCUCAAACGGGGACGCCGAGCUGGAGCGCCUACCCGAGCAUUCACGCCGCCUAUCAGCUCUCUGGCAUCAUCAAAAGCGCCCCUCUCUCUGCCUCCCCCCCCACUCAGCUAAAGCAGACAUUUAACCACAAGCUGAGGCCGAUCGCCCCAAAGGGGAAGUCGUACCCCGGUGCUGCGGGAGUCGAGGCUCCCCAGGGACAGCAUCAAAAUGUGGACAUCAAAAAAGAAAAGGUUGGCAUUAGCGAUGGCAAAGAAAGUCAGAAUAUCAAGUUUGAUCUGGCGGAGAAUGAUGACAGCGAUUGUCAGGAUGACUCCUCUUCCUCUUCAAAGCUCGAUGCCGACUGUGUGAAUGAAGAGAGUGAAGCGAUCAAAGGGAAGUUCAGCCCAGAUUUCUCCGACAGAGGCAAGACACCGAGUCCCUCUGCCUGCAAUGGACGCAGCGCUGCUUCAGAGCCGCUCAGUGACUCUCUGGAUCUGCUCGGCAUAAACCCCCUCAGUGCGCUGCAGUCCGUUCUGAACAAUCACCUGGGCAAAGCAAACAAGCCCAAUAACUCCAGACUAGAUAAACUCUCUGCUCACACUAAGUCUAUUUUUGCCGACAUUAACCGAAGCAGCGAGAAACAGGCUUCAAUGCUCAGAAGUCCUAUAAGAAAUAGACCAGAUAACAGUUUUCUCUUUGUCGGUGACGAUCAACCGAUCGACCUGACGAAAUCCAAACUCAGCAUGCCGAGCUCGGCGCUGCUACAGCCCUCCGCCCCGAUGCCACAGAAAUAUGCUCUGUCUGACAUCGCCGACAUGGUGAAAGUUCUUCCGAAAGCCACAACGCCGAAACCCUCCGUCCCCUCGAGGAUCCCGACCAUGAAGCUGGAGUCGGACGUCAGGCGCUUUGAGGACGUCUCCUCCGACGUGUACUCCAUCCACAAGCGUAAAGGCCGACAGUCGAACUGGAACCCCCGCCACCUCCUCAUCCUGCAGGCCCAGUUUGCCUCCAGCCUCUUCCAGACCUCCGAAGGGAAGUACCUGCUCUCGGACCUCGGCCCCCAGGAGCGGAUGCACAUCUCCAAGUUCACCGGAUUGUCCAUGACCACGAUAAGCCACUGGUUAGCGAAUGUCAAAUACCAACUGCGCAAAACCGGAGGGACCAAGUUCCUGAAGAACAUGGACACGGGCCACCCCAUCUUCUACUGCAAUGACUGCGCCUCCCAGUUCAGGUCACCGGGCGGGUUCAUCUCCCACUUGGAGUCGCACCUCGGGUUCCUAAUCAAAGACAUGUGCAAAAUGCCCGUGGAGCACCAGACGAAGGUGGACGAGCCAGAACUGUCCAAGGUCCUCGGGGUCCGGGCCACGGAGGCUCAGGUCACGGACGAGGACGUCGACUCAAAGUUCAAAUGUAAGCUCUGCUGUCGGACAUUCGCCAGCAACCACGCCGUCAAACUCCACUUGAGCAAAACUCACAGCAAGUCCCCCGACAACCAUUCACAAUAUGUGGAGAUGGACCGGGAGUAGUUAUCUUUUCCUUUUCUCCUUCAUAUUAUCAUCACUGCUUUUCGUUUGCUUCCCCUUUUUUUCUUAUUUCCACACACGGGUCAGAUAUUUCAGCCAUUCUCCAAUUAGCGUUGUGUAGUGUGAAUCAUUGUUAAAACAUUUCAUGGAGUACAGCGAACACACACUGGGUAGAAGUCGUAUAAGGAAACACUAAGAGAUACUUUUGCACCCUGCUCAAAUGCAUCACCAGUAAUGAAACGUAUUACUGCUUGAAGAAACUGAAUUGCUGAUGUUUGCAUGCGAUAGCCCCCCCGGCUAUGACUACUAUUUAUUUGUAUGAUAUGUCAAGUUUCAAUUGUAUUUCAACAACAAAAUAAUGAGCUAAUUGUACUUUACAAACUCCUGCAUCCACGUGCAGCUGUCCCGACACACACACACGACAACACACAUGCAGACCUGUACAGUGUAUUGCUAUGUAAAGAUGUUUUGUGUUGCAAUGAUAGAAGAGAAGAAGAAGAAGAAGAAGAAGAAGAAGAAGAAGAAGAAGAAGAAGUAGAAGAAGAAGAAGAAGAAGAAGAAGAAGAAAAAAAAGAAGCACUUUAAUAAAUGUUUAAUCACCAGUUUAGACUCGGAUUCUGUACAUGACUCAAAAGAUGAACUAGGCCGUUUGGAAACAAGCAUAUUUCACAUGUAAAUAUAUUUUAGAAGAAAAAAUUAAAAAACAGUGCGUUUCAUGCAACAAGGAUAACAGCAAGACAGAUGAUACCUGUGAUACCUGCACCUUUUUUACUUAUUCAAAUAAAGAGUUAACAUUUGAUAACAGCUUUUGUUCUUCUUUCUUUUCUUUUAAAAUCCUUUUCAAGUUGUUUCUCUGUGGGUUUGUGAAGUUGGAAGCUUGAAUAUGAUAAUAAAAACUAAUAAGAUAAAUAUGAUUUGAACACUGACGGACAAAAUACAUGUGCAACUAGAAGUAUUAUUAUUAGUAGUAUUAGUUAUACAUGCUUAAUACUUGCUUUAUAUCCUUUAUGUCCCUUUAGGCGAAUGCC